AUUGGCUUGUGAGCGGCACUAGAGGAGGGACCAGAGCGGACCGCCAAGACUCGGGCAAAGCCUGCGGCGCAGGAGUCCAGCCGGCCCUGCCCUGCCCUGCCCUGCCCUGCCCUGGCCGCCCGGAGCGGCAGCGCGAUGUGAGGCGUGAGGGCCGGAGGUCCCCGGGCACGCCAGCUCCGCGCCGCGCGGGCGCCAGCAUGCGCUAGCCACAAUGGGUGUAAGUAGUGCCCGUCUUGCUGGUGGCUGUGUCUGAGGAGCCCAGGGCCACCAUGAGACCAGCCUGGGGCUCUUCCCUUUCCUCAGGGACACUCCUGUCUCCUGCUUGGACAGUGCCAGCUGCCGGGGAGGACGCAGCUCAUCUCUGACGGUCAGACUCAGCACAGCGCCUGGCUCCCAGGAGCCCUCUGCAGAGGCCACUCGAGGACACGAUGGCGGCCAAGCAGCCUCCACCCCUCAUGAAGAAGCACAGCCAGACCGACCUCGUGAGCCGCCUGAAGACCCGCAAGAUCCUGGGCGUGGGCGGGGAGGACGACGACGGGGAGGUGCACCGCUCCAAGAUCAGCCAGGUCUUGGGCAAUGAGAUCAAGUUUGCUGUCCGGGAGCCUCUGGGGCUCAGGGUCUGGCAGUUCGUUUCUGCUGUGCUCUUCUCCGGCAUUGCCAUCAUGGCCCUGGCCUUCCCUGACCAGCUCUAUGAUGCUGUCUUCGAUGGAGCCCAGGUCACUAGCAAGACCCCCAUCCGCCUCUACGGUGGCGCCCUCCUCAGCAUCUCCCUGAUCAUGUGGAACGCCCUCUACACGGCGGAGAAGGUCAUCAUCCGGUGGACCCUGCUCACUGAAGCCUGCUACUUCGGGGUCCAGUUCUUGGUGGUCACCGCCACGCUGGCUGAGACAGGGCUCAUGUCCCUGGGGAUCCUGCUGCUCCUGGCCAGCCGCCUGCUCUUUGUGGUCAUCAGCAUUUACUACUACUACCAAGUGGGCCGGAAACCCAAGAAAGUCUAGCCGGCCGGGGCCUGUGCGCCUGGGCUGGGGUGGCCGCGGGGCUGUUCCCCUUUGGUUCCCGGAAGGCAGGAGGGACCCCUGCUCUGGCCCGGCAGCCCCAGCAGGCAGGGGGCGCCUCCUCCCCUCCCGGGCGUCCCCAGAUGCUGCGACCUGGCCUUUGGGUUUGACACACUGGUCGGGGAGAGGUGGGCCUGUGCCGGCCUCACCCCAGCAGCAGCACCUCCUCUCCUGGGUACUCUCGGCCUCCAGGCCCCCUGGGCAGGCAGCCCUGAGGCUCAGGGUCACAGCAGUGUGGGCUGAGUGGGCUCGUCCCCCGGAGUCCUUCUUCACGGAGAGGCGUGGGCUGUCCCGGCCACCCAGCUAGGGUCCCUCUCUAUGCCCGGAAGACCCGAGGCCUGGACCUCGGGCCACUGUCCCUCACCUGGGCCCUCCCCACACGCGGGCCCUCUGCGCCCUGAGCACACACGCCCUCCACAGCCCAGCCGAGGGCCACAGCCAGGGACAGCUGUCUCCUUGGACUUCUCUGCAACCAUGGGCCACCUGCAGCCAGAGGCUCUGUCCCCGUCCCCAGGCCUGGUCCACCCUGAGUCCUGGGGCCCUGCUCUAGGGCCCUGAGGCCCCGAGGCCCCUCCUCAACUGGCCUGGGCUCAGGGGUCGCCGGGGGCCACGCCCACACCCCUGCACACAGACGGCUCACCCAUCGGGCUUAGCGAGCAGGAAGAGAAGCGCUUGGUAUUUCCUUGACCCUUGGCACGUCCUCCAGGCCUGGUGUCCCUGCCCCAGCCCCUCGUCCACUCCACCCCUUCCCCAGGGUGCUGCUGGCCCUGGCUGUCCUGGCUGGGUGGGGCUUGGUACCUCAGACCUGCAGGGGCAGUAAGUAGAGGCUUUUCAGCCCCGUCCCCUCCCGUCCCCCCUGCUUUGCCCUGGACAGUGGCUCCUGAGCCCCAGGAAGGUGGCCCCCACAGGCCCACUGUUAGUCCUGGCUCCCGUGCGCUUCCUCCAGCACACAGGUGUGCCCUGGGAAUGCAGCAGUGUCCUGGGGACAGGUGUGGGGGCCACUUGGCCUCCCUUCUGGGGACAGCAGGGUUGGCGGUAGGUGAGGCCGUCUGUGGGUGGUCAGCCUGGCUGCCCCUCUGCCUGGGGGCCUUCCCCUGCCCACCCUGUGCCUAGCUGUCCCUAGCUGUCCCCACAGCCACAUGCCCAGUGGCCUGUGCCCAGCAGAGGGGGCUGCAUGGUGGAGCUGAGCAGAGGGGCCUUGGGCGCCUGGGCUGUGCUGCUGGUCACCGUGGCCCAGUGGCGUGGGAGGGGCCUCUGAGGAGGGGCUCCUUUCCUGGUCAACUCCUGCCCUUGAAGCCGGACAUCUCCCCAGAGCCCCACCUCCUGCCGCGAGCCUGGAGCCCCAGGCAGGUGGGGCCAUGUCUCCUGCCACCUCCCCAGGAAGCUGCCCAGCUGCAUCCGGAGCUCAGCCCUGUCUGUGGGCCUUUGGAGGCCCGGCUGGUCCUUAGUGGUGACCACUGGCCUGUCCUCCCCCUAGCUGCUGGACACAGGUCCAGUUCUUGAGGGGAGGUGGACGCACUCCCUGGGGUCAGGCUGUGGUGGCAUCUGCGUGGCAGGGGCCCGUCCAGCACUGUGGGGUGCGGAGGGCGGCGGGGCUUCUCCCGGUGGUGGCGGGCACUGGGCGGGCGCGGGCGCGGAGCAGUGCUUCAGUCAAACUCCGCGGCCAGGUCUGGGGAGAGGCGCGGGCAGAGCGCACGUGAGGUCCUGUGGCUUGGGGACACGGGGGACGGCAAGACAGGGAUGAUCGGGGUUGGGAAGGAAGCAGUGACAGGGCAGAGGGACGCAGGGCCCCGGAUCUAACGGGGAAAGCCAGGUGGGACCCUCCGCCUUGGAGCUGGGGCCCCGGCCGCCUCUGCCGGGGGAACCUGCCGCUCUGGCUCCGCCCCGCCCAGGCCCCUCCCGAGUCCGACCUCCAUUCUUCACGGUCACUAUUUAUUCUUUGUUCCUUUUUCUUUUUGUAAGAAACAGUCACAAAAACCAGUGCAAACCCA